AUGAGUUCUUCGAAGAGUUCGGUGCUCGACCCCAUCACGAGUUCGUGUCUCGGAGGUGAUCGCCAACACUGCCAGGGGCAGCAGCGGGGGGAAGAGGAGCAGCAGUGGGACAUCACAGUUUCUUUUUCGUGUGGCGGAUGGUUUCAGAUGUACUUCUUUGGCGUCGCUUACGCCCUCAUCGACUCUGGCGUGCUGCGGCGCUGGUACUCUGAGGGUAAACGGGUGCGCUUCACUGGUGUGAGUGCUGGUGCCUUGGCAGCUACAUGCCUUGCCUCUGGGCAGUACGACAUACUAUCAGUGAAGAAGUUUUCGUUGGCUGCCGCCGAAGACUAUCGUAGCUCUAUAUUUCAUUGGUUUCGUCUGGGGAAGUACCUGAUGGCCGCCAUCGACGACUUCGGCGCCAGCUUGCGCGCUAUCGACACUGACCCGCGCAUGCGUCAGGUACUGGCGAGCGGAUCGCUUGAGAUUGGCGUGACAGUGCUGCCCAAGCUCAGGUCGCAUCUGAUUAACAGUUUUUCUAGCUACGCCGCCAUCCGCGAGACGCUUAUUGCGUCCUGCUGCCUCGUGCCGCUGGUCGGUCUGCCAUUCAAGAUGGAGAGCACCGGUGAGUGGUGCGCCGAUGGCGGGAUUAGCAACUUUACGCCCCGCAUGGGCGAAGAGAACACCAUCUCUGUUUCUGCCAUGUACUUCCAGGAUGCAUCGGUGCGGCCCCGCGUGUUUGUGCCGUCAUGGUGGGCUCUGCGUCCGCCAAACACGAGGAAGUACAACAAUCUUUUCUGGAUGGGUUACAACGAUAUGAUCGACUAUCUCGUCUCCGCGGGGCACCUUAGCGUGCAGAAUGGUAACGACCUACUGAAGCAGGAGGUCGAUUUCAGCGUACACGACUCCUACCUGGACGUUGCCUUCACCUUUUUCAUGGAGCUCAUGAUGUUGAUCUUCAUCAGGCCCGUUGUCAUCGUGUUUGUCUACGUGGAACUCGCCAUCUCAAUAGCGUGGUGGGUAGCCAAGGGCGUUCUAACAGGGGAUGGCAUCUCGUUCCGUAAUUUCUACGAGGGCUUCCGUAACACCAUCUCGCUCCGCACGUUGGGGCGGCUCAUUUUCGGCCCUAGGAUUUCGAGCAACGAGGAGCGACUCUCUCGGCAAAGUCGAGUGUUUCGCGUGUUCAAGCCGGUAGCGCUAGGCGGCAAUGAAAAGACUGGCCGUGAGUGCUGGAGUCCUAGCGGAGCGGUGCUGCUCGACCGCGUGCCCAUGCUCUCACCCAAGGCGCAGCGCGCUGCUCAUCUUCCUCGCAAGUAA